AUGGAUAGCAAUGAAAACAUGGCUGAAGUUUCAAGUGUACUUCGUUGUAGUGGUUCUCAAGUAAUGGAGCCUUCUAAUACAGAUAGCUCUAAAAUGAACAGAAAAAGGAGGUCGGAGAUAUGGAAUCAUUAUUGUGAGGUAGAAAAUCAAAAAGACAAGGCUAGAUGCAAUUAUUGUCAUUUUAUUUUUUCAGCUGAUCCUAAAAAUGGGACAAGCCAUCUUCACAAACAUGCAAAUAUUUGUAAGGCAAAAAAAUAUAAUGAUAAGAAACAGAAAAUAUUAAUAGGCACCGUGACUUCAAAAGAUGGUGUUCCAUUGAACGAGUUAGUUCCCUAUUCAUUUGAUCAGGAAAGAAGUCGUGAGGACCUUGCAAAGAUGGUAAUUCUACAAGAGAUGCCAUUUACAACAGUUGAACAUCCAGCAUUUCAGACCUUUGUUAGGAACCUUAGACCAGAAUUUCAUAUUGUUUCAAGGACAACAUUGUCUUCUGAUUGCUUUAAAAUUUAUGAAAAGGAAAUACGAAGACUUGAAGAUUUGUUCAAGAUGAACUGUGGAAGAAUCAGCUUAACAUCGGACAUGUGGACAUCAAAUCAAACAUUGGGAUACAUGUGUCUCACUGCACAUUAUAUCACUAAUGAUUGGAAACUGAAAAAGCAUAUUAUCAAUUUUAAGUUGGUUCCUUCACCACAUACAGGCUUAGUCAUUAGUGAUGCUAUAGCUAACUGUAUUUUAUCUUGGAAUAUUGAGAAAAGGUUGGGUUCAAUCACUCUUGAUAAUUUGUCAGCAAAUACAGUUGUAGCAACAGAACUUCAAAAACAAUUUAAAAAAGAUUUACUUUUGGAUGGUAAAUUCUUUCAUGUGCGUUGCUGUGCACAUAUUCUUAAUUUGAUUGUGAAGGAUGGGUUGAAGGUAGCGGAGGGUGCUAUUCAUAGGAUCCGCGAGGCUGUUAAAUAUAUAAAAUCAUCUCAAGGAAGGUUGGAAUUAUUUAUGGGAAUUGUGAAACAAUUCAAGAUGAAUGGUAAAAAACGGAUAUGCUUAGAUGUACCUACUCGUUGGAAUUCUACAUAUCUCAUGUUAAAUGAUGCUAUACAAUUCAAGGAUGUAUUUAUGCGACUUGUGGCCCGGGAUCCUAAUUUUGAAGGUGCGCCAACUGAGGAAGAUUGGUCUCAAGGCAUCAUUAUUUGUGACUUCUUAAAGGUUUUUCAUCUUAUAACUGAAGUUUUUUCACAAACAAAAAAUCCAACUGCAAAUUUGUAUUUCUAUGAGAUUUGGAGAAUAAAUAUGCUCUUGAUUGAAGAAUCUAGGAGUUCAAAUGCAGUUGUGAUGAUGAUGGCUUUAAAGAUGCAAGAAAAAUUUGACAAGUAUUGGAAGGAAUGCUCUCACAUUCUUGCUGUAGGGGUUGUCCUUGAUCCAAGACAUAAGAUGAAUCUUAUUAGAUAUUGCUUUCAGACAAUCCAUGGUAAUGAUGAUCGUGCUUCAUUUGAGAUCAACAAAGUGCAUGAUGUUCUUCAAACUUUGUAUGAUAAUUAUGCAAUUUGA